AUGCCCGGCCGAGUCGCCGCACGUUCCACCUCCGCGACAACGCGUAGGUCGUCGGCACAACCUUCAGCGGGGCGUGCCCCCUCAGUGCCCCCAUCAUUUGCGAUUCCCGAAGAGGCGGCGCUUCCUGAAACAUCGCCAAACCUCCGUCGUGAUGUGUGUACCAUUUUUGCAGAUGCGCAGCGCUCAACUACCGGUCACCGUAAGCUGGUGGUGCGCUUGCGGAAAAUUCAAGAAAUUUGCUGUGGUAUUGCCCAGAAGAAAAAAGGACAGGAGCAGGUGGAUGUGGUGAUUCCCGAGGAAGAAUCGGUUCCGGAGAGAGAGUUCAACGUGGAGGUUGGGCGUUGCAUGCUUCGAAUUUUGCCUAUCAAGAAAUCUGAACCUGUCGGUGAUCGCAUUCUUCGCUUUAUGGAUGCCUUCCUCACCCAUGCAUCCGAGAAGGAUGCAGAAUUAUUUGCUUCGAAGGCCGAGGAUGAAGAGGAGAUGCACACAGCACCGGAGACACCCACUUCGCGACUAACCUCCAGUAUCGUGUCCUUGAUAGUGCCUGUUCUCAGCUCCAAAGAUAAAAUGGUACGGUUCCGUGCGACUCAGAUUGUCGCCCAUAUUGUCAAUGCACUCGAGUCGAUUGAUGACGAACUCUACCACAUAAUUCGACAGGGCUUGCUCAAGCGCAUGCGUGACAAGGAAUCAACCGUUCGUGUGCAAGCUGUUCUGGGACUUGCACGAUUGGCCGGCAAUGACGACGAAGAUGAUAACGAGGACAACACUACGGCUCUGCUGGAGAAGCUGAUUGAAAUUAUGCAAAAUGAUACUAGCGCCGAUGUUCGUAAGAAUCUUCUCACUAAUCUCCCGCUUGCCCCCGUUACCCUGCCGUAUCUCCUUGAACGUGCCCGCGAUCUCGAUGCCCCGACAAGACGCACGUUGUAUUCGCGUCUUUUGCCAACCCUUGGCGAUUUUCGCCACCUGUCCCUAUCUAUGAGAGAAAAGCUCCUCCGCUGGGGCUUAAGAGACCGCGAUGAAAGUGUUCGCAAAGCUACCGGUAAGCUGUUCUACGACCGCUGGGUUGAAGACUGCGCUGGUACCAAUAGUGGCGAGGACGGUGCAACCGGUCAACGCUCGGCUCCCAACACAAAUGCCUUGCUAGAACUCUUGGAAAGAAUUGACGUGGUCAACUCCGGUAUGGAGAGCGGCAUUGCCCAUGAGGCGAUGCGCAGCUUCUGGGAGGGUCGACCUGACUAUCGGGAGUCGGUGGUUUUCGACGAACCUUACUGGGAGUCUUUAUCAGGAGAAUCGGCUUUCCUCCUACGGUCAUUCAAUGACUUUUGCCGUGUGGAAAAUGAUGGCAAGUACGAAAGCCUGGCAGAUGACAAAAUGCCGGAAGUUACGGCGCUCGCAUACUACCUUUCCAAAUAUACGACCGAUUUACUACAAAGAAAGAAGACCGCAAAGGAAACGGGAGAUGACAACGAUGACGAUGCUGUUGAGCAAGAAUUUAUCGUCGAGCAACUGCUGCACAUCGCAAUCACACUUGAUUACAGCGAUGAGGUAGGCCGGCGGAAGAUGUUUUCCCUUCUCCGAGAGUCACUGGCCGUUCCAGAAUUGCCAGAGGAAUGUACAAAGCUCGCAGUUGAGACGCUAAGGUGCGUAUGCGGCCCUGACAAUGCAGCCGAGAGUGAAUUCUGCAGUGUGGUUCUAGAAGCCAUUGCUGAGGUUCACGACACAAUUAUCACUGACGACAGCUUUGUGUCUGCCAAAUCUGAGAUCAGUGAUGAUGCCAGUAGCCGACACCGGUCUGAGACUCCAGCGAGUGAAGAUGAUGUACCCUUCAAUAAGGAAGAAGCUAAGGCCAAGAUUCUCCGUGAGAUCGUGGUCAACAUGAAGUGUCUGCACAUUGCGCAGUGUAUGCUUCAAAAUGUCCAAGGCCACCUACAGCAGAACAUUAACUUGGUGACCAUGUUGAACAAUCUCGUUGUUCCUGCUGUGCGAAGCCACGAGGCACCAAUUCGGGAACGUGGCUUGCUCUGUCUGGGCCUGUGCUGUCUACUUGAUAAGAACCUCGCUGAGGAGAAUAUGACACUCUUCAUCCACUGCUACAGCAAGGGACACGACGGUCUGCAGGUAACGGCCUUGCAGAUCAUCUGUGACAUGGUUACAACCCAUCCGUCGCUGCUCACUCCCGUCACACAAUCUGACGGCGAGACAGUGACACCGUCAGCCGUUCACAAACCCUUGCUCAAGGUGUUUUCACGUGCCUUGAAGGCCAACGCUCCUCCCAGCGUGCAGUCGGCUGCCGCCACAGCACUCUCAAAGCUUCUCCUUACCAACACCUUCACUCCUUCAGACCCCAACAUACCAUCCACUAUUCAAGAAUACAACGAGAAUGCUGUUGAGACACUGCUGCAGUCCCUCGUGAUAUCAUUCUUCCAUCCUCGCACACGAGAGAAUCCGGCAUUCCGACAGUCCCUGGCUUAUUUCUUCCCUGUUUACUGUCACUCACGGUUAGAAAACACUCAGCGAAUGCGGCGGGUGUCUGUACCGAUUAUUCGCGGGGUCAUGAAUGCGGCUGAGGAGCACUAUUCGCUUGAGGCUGAAGAGGACAGUGACGGUGAGAUUGACGCGAGUGUUGGCGAGCGCGAAGUCAAGGCAUUGAUGACAGGUGUUAUUGGAAUGCUAGCUGAAUGGACUGAUGAGCGCCGCGUUGUUGGUCUUGGUGGUGAGCGUGUUAUGAUUGGUGGCACUGCCAGCUCGACUGCCUGUGGGUGGGUACACUUGGCCCUAGUCAAAGACAUCCUGGAGCGCGUUCUGGGCAUCAGUGCUGGUAGCAAUCGUUGCUCGAAAGAUGAACGCAAGCUAGUUUUCUCACUCUUGAGCAAACUUUACAUUGCCGCCCCGACACUUCCUUCCACUUCCACCCGCGCUGGAUCCCGUGCUCCUGAGGGUGGCGAUGACCAGCUCCGUAUUAGCGUUCGAAGUGCCGCGACACUCGAGAUUGAUCCCAACAAUGUCCAGCUUGCUCAUGAAGUCAAGGACCUCUUAGACCAGACGAUUGAGGAGGGUCUUGCUGGUGAGGCAUCCAGUCGAAAUGCCUUGGUCAAGGCCAAGAAUGCAGUUCUCAAGAUCCUUGCAGUUGCCCAAGAUGCCCGGGCCGCCAGUGUACGGCCCCGUGCAGGCACCGAAGAUCUAGAGAGUGACGCUGGUAGCGUUCGGUCAGCGAGUGUUCGGCGCUCUGUCGAGCCUUUUGGUGCUGCAAGUCGUCGUCAUGUCUCCGUGGAACCCAGCAUCAUGGAAGAAGAUGAAGGAGACAGCGGUAUUCAAACAGGAAGGAUUCGUCCCUCCGUUGAAGUCGGUCGUCGUAUUGAGCCUAGUAUUAUGGAGGAAGAUGAAGAUGAUCUUGAUACUAGCAGAGGUACUGUGAUUAAGGAUGAGGUCACUGACUGA